GUUUUUGGGGGUGUCUUUUUUUGGAAGUGAAAAGAUGGGCAUCCCAGCAUCCCAUUUACGAAAAGGAUGCCCUGGUCUAUGAAAGAUACAUUGUGUGAAGAGGUAGAUCAAAUGUGGCGCCAGUGCCUUUGGGUCCGUACUCUUUUACUUUCCAGAGCAUUCUGCAGCGCCUGUGCUCGUAUGACCCGGGCCUAGCAAUUACGAGUGAAGCACGAAGGCUGCCAUUUGUGGUGGCGUCUUCUUGCAGAUGACGCCAUUCAUGUGGCCAAGAUUUAAUGCCUACAUGAACCCAAAUGGUCGCUGCUUCUCGUUCGACCAGUGUUCCAACGGCUACGUGCGGGGCGAAUGCUGCGCCAGCGCCGCCUUGAAGCCCUAUGCGGAGAAAGUCUCUGGUGAGCUCUCCGUCAUCGAGGGACCCUGCAUCGGCACCAUGGUGGGUUGGCGCAUGACCAACAACGGCCGCUCGGCCGGGCUUCACGCACCCAGUGGACCCGCGGAACAAGAGGCCAUUGCCGAUGCCAUUCGCCACGCGGGGAUUUCACCCUUGGACUUAGACGCCAUGGAGUGCCACGCAGCAGGCUCCUUGCUCUCAGAUGGAGUCGAGGUCGUUUCCGCGACCACCGUGUGCCGCGGCAUUGAAGGCGGUGACAGAGAGAUGCUCAUCCUUGGUAGUGUAAAGACCAAUGUUGGUGUGCAACAAGAAGCCUGUGGAAUCUCAUCCUUCCUCAAGGUGCUGUACAACAUUAGCUACGCCAACAAUGCGCCAACGCUGCAUUUGAAGCAGUUGAAUCCGCACAUCGAGACCGGAGACAGCGCCGUUUGCUUCAACAGCGAGGCGCUGGCCUACCGAGAUAGCCGUGCCUUCCAUGGCUGCGGCACCCGUGGUCUCGGUGGUACCAACAUCAACAUGAUUUGUUGGUACUCCGCCGACGGCAGUCGCGUGCCCAUUUUCAAGCCAAAGAUGGAGCGGGCGGCCUUUGCUUAUUGGCCAGGAGGUGGAGGGAUGCUGGAAAGUGUUUACAAGGCAUCCGAGGGCUAUUUCAUUGUCGGCUCCUGGAGCAACUGGAGAGAACCGGAGGAAAUGGUGAAGCAGAAAGACGGAUCCUACACCGCUGAGGUCACCCUGGGAGACUCCAGACAAGAGGCCUUUCAGAUCCUUCUGGAUGGAGAACCUGACAAAGUGCUUCAUCCAGAAAGGCCGGAUGCCGUGUCGGGCACACGGCUCUUGGGGCCGACGAUGCGGUAUAUGUUGCACGGACAGCACUUGAACUGGAACAUCGACGGCCGAGAGGCGAAGG